UGCGUAGAAAGACAAGUCCCGUCGACUUUGUGUACAAUUCCACAAUCGAUAAUUAGACAAAGUCACUGAUACCAAGCUAAAGAUUCGCCAUGGAUUCCACGUGUGGUAAACUGUUUAUGUCAAUUAUCGUUCUACCGUUUGCAGCCGGACAUGUUCGGAGACGACGGAAUGGACAGCAGUAUCAUGACUGUAGCAUCUCGUCCCGUGUCCUGCUGAUGAUCAUCGCUACAACGGUGUUAGUUUUCACUUCCAGCCCUAAUAUAUUAACACAUGCAGGAAUUCGACGGGGGAUGGUUAUGUUUCUACUGACAGUGAUCAUGGUCUGUACAAUGUUAGGCAUAUUGAGCUUAGCAUUUUCGGUACAGAGACAUGGUCUCCUUUCUGUGGUUGCUGCCAGAAGAAAUACGAGCACCAUGAAGCUUCAGAUGAUAUUUCUGUGGGUUUUCGGCUUAGCAUCGGGAUUUUAUUGUGCUUUUUUCCUCGCCAAGCAACUGGAAUGUUUUUCAAAAACUAACGGAGAUCUUUUUUGGAAUAUAUUAUUCUGUUUUAAUGUCACGUUAAUUCUUUCGAUAUUCGUUGAAAUGGUUUUUCUUUCCUACUUUUCACAUUUUCAACUGAGGCAGACAACUUCAGUGAAUUGUGUGAUGUUUUUAGCUCUAACAGCGAAUAUAUCUGUAAUACUGUACAUAUAUUUCGUGAGGGAUACAUUUGAGCUGAUUAAGAAAAUCAGCGCUGAUAAUAACCUCGUAGCAUGCAUAGAAAGGAACAGUACAAUCAUUGUUCUUCUACAUAAAUCAAGUCUUUUUCUUGGUCCAGCAUUUGCUGAAUAUGCCCUUCUAUCAAUUACAAUUCUUCUUGAAAUAUGGUCACCGAUACAGUCGACACAUUCUGAGAGCGAAUCACGUGACAAUGACCCGGGGGAUUCCGAACACACAACUAUGGUAAAUGAGACUAACCAAGUUGACUCCGAACGGUUACCUCUCAUUCCCUCUAGCGAUGAUACACAGCCCGGGAGCGGGCAGGCCGAAAUCGGGACCUAUCAACCAGACAAUGAUGGUAGACGUAAGAUGCCAUACCAGUCAUGUAGUCCCAUGUCCGAAAUCGAGGUUAAUCAACAAGCCAAUAGCAGUAGACAGAAGGUAUCACAUAUUUUUACACUGGCUGGAAGUUUAAUAACAGGACUUGGACUUGUCAUAUGUUAUAUCACUCAGGCAAUGGAUAUAGGAAAUUUAGACAAAAUCCGUUACGCCACAGAAAUGUAUGAGCUUGCUUUAACAGUUAUAAUGACACUUGUGCUCUUUAUUGGUUUCUUUUGUUUAAUUAAUGAUUGUGUUCCUGAUAAAACAGCGAAACCGCUACGGCCAUGCGAUUACGUCUAUUUGCUGUCAGCAUUCGGCGUUUUUAUGUUUCAUUUUUACGAGAUAUUAGGCGGUGAUAUUUUACCCGAUUCAGCCACUAGUAUUUUUUUUUAUAAAAGCAUCCUAAGUUUAUUCCAGGAUUACCUACAGGUUGUUUUUCUAUUGCAGGCAAAUCGUUGUCAGAAAGGUCGAUCCAAGGUCGAUUUACUGGAAUCGGUCCUGAUAUUUACAAUGAUCAUGAAUGUAGUUUUUUGGUUUACCUAUAGUUUCCUGAUAGCUGAAUUUCCAAGUACCCGCAUAUUAGAAAAUGCUCAUUUUUCUAAAGAAUUAUUGGAUCAAGUAUAUGGGUUUUUAUUGUCCGUAGCCGUGUUCUUUCGAUUCACUUCUUUUUUAGAAUACUACGCAACCUUUGGGAAGUAUAACUCCUAGAACACUCCAUGUAAAUAAAAUUAGAAUUGUCCAAGGAUACACAUAUAAUGUUCUUGUUCAUAUUUUGGCAUUGUUUCAUCGAUUUUCAGCUUGAAAUAUGUAGGUAAUGCUACUGUGAAAGAUGUAAUUGUCGUGUUAACGAAUCUCUUUUAAUUCUAUUUUAUCAAAUUGGCAUCUCUCUGUUUGUUUUAACCCUAUCACACGUUGAAAAUUGUCAAAGUAUCAGUUGAACUUGAUUAAAUCUUUUAGUUACUGCCACAGACACAAACGCCUUUCUUGGUUUUACUUAUGGAGAAAUGUAAGAUCCUAAAUGUGUAUGAUUCAUACGGUUUAAUACAAUAGAUCAGCUUGUAUAUGACAUAAGACAUUUAAUUGAUCGUCAAAUUCAUAUUGUCUGUAGAAUGACAUACAUUUGUUAAAAAUAGUACGUUGUUGCAUCAUAUCACAUAUGCUUUUGUCGAAAUCACAUUUAGAGAUUUAUAUAUUUGGAAAUGAAUGAAAGAAAAUUGUCGAACUUUAAAACUAUAGUUAACGCCACCAGAAAUGUAGUUUAUAGCUUGUGUUGUGUACCAUGGGAUUGUCUCUCUUAUCGAAUGCAUCAUGUAUAGAUGUAUGUUACCCAUUUUAAUCCUCAUUUUACUGAUUUUUUGCACAGUAUAUAGACAGACUGAUGUGUCUUUUACUUCCUAUAUAUAUAGAAUUCAUCAUAUUUAUUCCUCGUAGGUCCGCUAAAAUGUAGGGUAUUGAUAAAACAAUAGUAUAUCAAUUGACAUAUUUUCACACUUUUGUUUUGAUCUUGUUAUGUGACCCGU